AUGGCCGAAUCCGAGUCCCCACCUGGCCCCAAAGACAAACUAGAGGUUGCCUUAUUCCUUGCCGCUAGCAAAGGGUAUGAUACCAUUGUCACGCUGCUCUUAGGUACCCCUGGCGUGACUUUGGACUGCAAGGAUGAACUAGGUCGGACGCCAUUCUUCUGGGCCGCCGCCGAGGGCCACGACAAGGUCCUCCAAUUGCUCCUGGGCACUGGCGCUGUGGACCCGAACAUAAAGGACGCUAAGCGUGGCCAGUCAGCAAUAUGUGCAGCUGCGGAGGGCGGCCACGAGAGCGUUGUGGCUCGAUUGCUUGGUGUCGGGGUGGACUGCCAU